UAAAAGAUCAUAAAUUUUUGAAUUUUCCCCGAACAAACGCACCAAUAAUUUGUCGAUUGUAUUGUUUAAAAAAAUUAGAGAAGAAAUUCCGACCAAUACACUUGUUCUUCCUCCGCUCAUCAGUCAUCUCCUUGGGGGUUCCAAAAACCGCGAAAACCCUCCCGCCACAUACCGACAUACGCUUCUCUUCCCGCCUUUUCCCUCUCUCGAUCUACGGCCAGCAGGUGAUUGCUUCUUCUUCUUCUCGAACUUACUGGCCUCCCCUCUUCCAUAAACCCCUAGGCUACUGCAAUUUCGAAUUUGUGGGGUGAUAAAGUUAGGGUUUUCGCAAAAUUGAGUAAUAAUGUUUCGCUUUGACUUGAAUCGAAUUCAGGAACACUUGGUGAGGGAAUGGCAGCGACGGGAAGCAGCAGCAGAAGAAGAAAGAACCCAUACGCAGAAGCUUCGAAUCGGAAAACUCUCUCUCCAAACACACUCCAAAGCCCUGCUUCCUCACUUUCCCUCAAAUCAGUAACUAUGAAUAAUUGGUGGCUCGUUCAGGCGGAAGGUAAUGGGAUUGCCGUCGAAGGUUUUGCUGCUAGACCGCUAGGAACUAGAGAAUUCUGCUCGGCGCCUAUAGUGGAAAGGCAUGAUUCCAUCACUCUGGAGACCGCAGAUGGAAUCACAGUCAUACUUGGUGGAAUGAUCAACAGAUUGCGCACUCUACAGAAUGGCUUCCCCGUUUCGGUCUGUAACUUUUUUGUGCUGGGGUUCCCUCCUCACUGGGAAGAAGUCGCAGCUCAGUUUUACUCUAGUGACAAAGAAUGUUCCGCCACCAAUCCUGAGAUAACUCUGACGCCAGCAAUGAUUGAUGAUCUAUCAGUAAUAAAGCUUCGGGAUGUCGUAAUGAGCAUCCCUGAAGGUUGUGAACAUCAGUUUUGGGACGUAUUACUGCAACAACGCAAAGAUGAUGGUGAAGGUCGUUGUAACAAGGGAGGCAGCCAUGGUGAAGAGGUGGAGAAAGAGAAGGGCAAGUCGGAGAUGGAAGGGGAAGUGCUUGUUACGCCGAGUAACAGAAGAGUGAUUCGAAGAGUUGGUGUUGUGACGAGGAGUAUGCAGAGGAAGAAGAAGGAGAAGAGAAUGUUGUGAAGGGAAGUGAAAGGUUGAAGUGUCCAUCGAAGCUGGGUAGUGAAAGGAAACAGAAGGUUGCUGCUGCGGUUAGGAGUGGUAAGUCCAGCUAAAUUUAGGCAAUUUUCAGACUUGUAAAUUCAUGCGAGUGAUUGGAAUCUUCGUCUUAUUUUGGUGUUUGCUGUGAAAUGCUACCAAAGGAAAAAUUAACAAAACUAAAUGGGUAAAAUCUAGUUUACUAAUAUGCUUUGAUAAAUUACAUCUGUAUCGAGUAGAUGUUUUUUGUCACUCACCAAGCUAGCUUGACGGGUUGUUCGAUAUAAUCAUUUGCACUAAUCGAAUUAUUGUGAGGUUUGAAUUAUUUGGAUCAUCUUAGUUGUUUAUGUUGUUGGUGUGAGUUAUAUGCGAUGUUAUGGUAUUUGGCGCCAGUUCAGACAAAUUUCUCAAUCGAAUACUUGACACUCUAUCAAUGAUUUUUAGUUGACUUAAGUAGUAAAUACUAAGAUGCUAAAACUAAAAUUGAGGUUGUUUAAAUCUAUCAUAGCCCUAUGCCGAAAAUUCUCAACAUCUAUCAUACCACUAAUGUUCUUCAUGGAGAGGAUGGUUUGAUUAUUGAAUAAAAAGUAGGUUGAUUG